CGCAUGCGCAGUAACAGCAAACUACUUUCACUUUGCACAGGUUUGGAGCUGCCCUGUUCUCUACAGCUUUCCGCCCAAACGUGCAACACAAAAGAAAUAUAAAUGUUACCAUCAAAGUCGUGUUUGAUCGAUUGAAGGUAUAAUUUCGCCGGUUCAGUCUUAAAAGCUAAAGACAACGAAGCGUAAACAACACGGUUAGCUAACACUGUGCAGCAACAAUGAUUUGAGAUCUAAAGUUGGCUAAUUAUCAUCUAACGACCUAGCUGAGGUCCUUUGCAGACUACCGCGGUUGCACAAGCAGCUCCAGCAGCCCUCACACCAUGGAGCGCACUGCACUCAAACAGUGUGGCUCCUGGGAAAUGAAGGAGAGACUUGGGAUGGGAGGCUUUGGGCACGUCUACCUGUACCAGCACCUUGAGUCGGGUGAGAAGAUCGCCGUGAAAAUUUGCCGCAUGGAGCUGAACUCUAAGAACAAAGACCGCUGGAGCCGAGAGAUCCAGAUCAUGAAGAAGUUGAACCAUGUCAAUGUUGUCCAGGCCAGAGAAGUUCCAGAGGAGUUGAACUCCGUUGCUUUAAAUGACCUACCUCUGCUGACCAUGGAGUACUGUUCAAGAGGAGACCUGCGCAAGGUGUUGAAUAAACCAGAAAACUGUUGUGGGCUGAAGGAGAGUGAAAUCCUCUCACUCCUCCGUGACAUCGGAGUAGGAGACCAGAAACACAUUCACAUAGUGAUUGACCCACCUCCACCUUUGACCUUCUGUGACUGGAUAGAAGAGUCGCCCAAAAACUUUCAAAGGGACUAG